AUGAUCGCGGCUUGGCUUGACUCAUUGUCUAUGGUAGCAGUUCAGACGAAGCACCACCAAAACGGGACCCCGACUCCCGGCGGUGCGGUGGAGGGCGCGGGUUCCGCGGGGCCCGAAGACGAUGGCCAAGAACAGGCAGAUCUUGGUAUCGCAGGCGACGCAGCCACUUCGUCAAAAAUCAGAGUCAUCGCAUUGAUGCCAAGGAAUCUGGAUCUUUCUGGAUUCUUGGUGGGAUCCCUUUGGGCAUUAAUAAGUGGUCCGCGGGCGGCCGAGAUGGAUGAGUCGCAUACUGGCAUUCACGUUUAA